GAUAGUUGACACAGCUGCCGAAGUGCCGAUAUGUCAAAAACAGGUGUUUCGACUAUUACUGUUGACUGGUACAAAUUUCCAUUUUUAAGAGGAAUAAUUAAGAAUUUGCAAUUAAAUUAUAGGUAUAAAAAUAAAAACUACCAUAUAAUACUGUUUGCAUACCAUAUAUUUAAUGAAAAGAAUGGCUACGCUAAGAAAAUAUAUAGACAUCGGUGCGAACCUGACGGAUGAAAUGUAUCAGGGCUUGUACCAUGGGUCUAAAAAGCAUGAGCCAGACUUAAACGCAGUUUUAGCUCGGGCUUGGGACGGGGGACUGGAUAAAAUGAUCAUAACAGGAGGCUCAACGACAGACAGUCAGAAGGCUAUUGAAAUGGCACAGUCCGACUCCAGGUUGUAUGCAACAGUAGGCUGUCAUCCUACCAGGUGUAAUGACUUCUUACAGGACGCUGAAGGAUAUUUGAAUAGUCUGAAAGCCUUAAUAAAAGACAAUAAGGACAAAGUUGUUGCCAUCGGUGAAUGUGGACUGGACUAUGAGAGACUACACUUCUGUGAAAAAGAUAUACAACUCAAAUAUUUCGAGUACCAGUUGCAAUUAAGUCGUGAGUUCAGUCUCCCUCUCUUUUUACAUUGUCGCGCGGCCGCCGAUGAUUUGGUGGCAAUACUUGCGAAGAACCGCGACUCUGUUGUAGGAGGAGUUGUACACUCUUUCGACGGUAGCGAGGACGCUCUACAGAAGAUACUAGACUUGGGAAUGUAUAUAGGUAUUAAUGGAUGUUCCUUGAGAACACAGGAAAACUUAGAAGUUGUGACAAAAAUACCCAGAGACCGGCUAAUGAUCGAAACAGACUGUCCGUGGUGUGAAGUAAAACCAACGCACCCUGGUUACACCCAUGUAGUGACAAAGUUUCCAACGGUGAAGAAAGAAAAGUAUACUGUCGGGUCUAACAACCAGGUGAAGGGGAGAAAUGAACCUGUAAAUAUUAUACAAGUUUUGGAGAUUUUGGCAGCGGUUAGGAAAGAAAACAUAGACGAAUUAGCGGCGGCAAUUUAUGACAAUACAAACAAGUUAUUUUUCAAUAAAUAGUAUAAGUCAAAUAUAUUAUGUAAAUAAAAUAUGAAAAUAGGAAUAUUGUUGUUU